GUGGGUGUCAUUGGUAUUCUUGUGUGCUGUCAUCCUGGCUGCCUUCCUCUCGCUCAUUGUGUACUUUGUUACUGGAGUUAAAUACAAGGAAAAUGAGGAGAAACUGCAGAACACACUUUUUGUUACCAAUGAAGAGCUGAAGCUAUUACACAAGAAUCUGUCAGAGGUGAAAACCGAGUACACAGUCCUGAUUCAAAACCACACUACUCUGCUAUCGCACAAUAUGGAAUUGACACAGAACAUCAGUGAGCUGCAGUUGAGGUACUCAGCAUUACAAGGGAACCACACUGCAAUGACUACAUCUCUUGACAAAUAUUGUUCCAUACAAAGGGCUUCAAUGCCAGAAAGGAAAUGUGUCUUCUGCCCAGAGAGCUGGGUGCCAUUCAACACAAACUGUUACUACUUUGCCAAUGAUACAAAGACCUGGGCUGACAGUCGUGAUAACUGCACAUCAAUGGGGGGUCACCUGGUGAUCAUAGAGAGCCAAGAGGAGCAGAACUUCUUACUGAAUAAGACACGCAGCAAAACUGACAAAUCUCACUGGAUUGGUUUAACUGACCAGAAGGCAGAAGGUCAGUACCUCUGGGUGGACAACAGACCUCUGAAUCAAAGCAACAAGUUCUGGGGGAGAAGAGAUAAUAAAAUGAUCAAGGAUUUGAACCGGACAACUUUAAGGGAGACUAUUCAGAAGGACAGAACUGCGUACACAUAG